GCACAUUGUCUCUCCACACGAGGACCACAGUUCAAACAUACCACUCGCGACUUUUGCACCCUUGCUGUCCCUACAUUUGACGACUGAGCUCGACGCGACUUUUUUCACAAGUUCUCAGGGUAUCCCUGGUCAUCAAUUAAACCGCUUGGAAAUUUCGCCUCUGUUCGCUUUUAGCUACCAAGCUCGUCGCUGCCGUACACUCUUAUUCAACCUCAAUCCCGGUUCCACUACCUCAUUACCUGAUAUCUGCUUCUGCGUACCAAGUCUACUGUCCGCCAGGAGCCGUAUAGCGCCUUCGAUUCUGUGUGCCCAUCAUCCCCUAUCGCCAGCUUGACCUCGUAUUGAGCCUAGGCAUACUCCAAAAAGGGCCCGGAUAAUUCUUGCACCCCGAGGACCAUUCCUGUCCUCGACUACCUAUUCUCGAACAUGGCAUCCUCAUCCUCAUUUCCCUUACGAGCCUCAAACCUUGGGAAACUACCGGAGCGAACACCAGCAGCGCAAUUCGCCAUGUCAACAUCCACAUCAGCCGCUGCGGCAGCACAGCAGCAACGCGAGCGUGAGCGGGAGCGGGAGCGGCUCGAACGCGAAGGCGCCAAUGGACUGGCCGAGUUGACCGAAGAGCAGCGCGAGGAGAUUACAGAAGCUUUCGGCCUUUUUGAUCUGGACAAAGACAAACAUAUUGAUUAUCACGAACUCAAAGUCGCCAUGAAAGCACUAGGCUUCGACCUGCCUAAACCUGAGAUCCUACAAAUACUCCAAACCUACGGGAUCCCCGCAGAUACUGUCCAUCCGCCUUCUUCCACAGCCGCAAACAAGCCCGCCGCAAUCCCUGCUCCUUCGUCCGGCGCCGGCGGCCCCGGAAGCUCAUACCCCGCCCAUCCGACACGGCUACUCAUCAGUCUGCCUACAUUCCAAAUAAUCAUGGCUCAGCGCAUACUGGCGCGCGACCCGCGCGAGGAGAUUCUGCGCGCAUUCGACCUGUUUGACGAAGGCGGAAAAGGCAAGAUUAGUCUGCAAGACCUCCGCCGCGUGGCGCGCGAGCUAGGAGAGGGUCUCGAAGAGGAAGAAUUAGCAGCUAUGAUUGAGGAAUUUGACUUGGAUGGUGACGGAGCGAUAAACCGGGACGAGUUUUUGGCCAUUUGCAUGCAAUAGCGCAUUGCGCAGUUUUCUAGCAGGAGUAUCAACGUCCGAGUGGAUAUUAGGGGCAGGGAUUAUCCAAACGACAAAACCAUCCAUCCAACAACUCAGCGUCCGGUCCCGCUCGCGAGCACUUUUUCCCCAGGAGUUAAUUCAGCGAGCAGAAACUUGCUCCUUGGACAAAAGAAACCAGCGGGCGCGGUGGGAGAAUUUUUUGUCAACAUUGGCGCAACGCAACGCAACUCAUGUACACCCCAUUCCGAAAGCUUCAACAACGGAGAUAUUUAGCUGUUGAGGCAGCUUAUAAAGCAUGAGACCGCGCAGAGAAAGUAUCGCAAAGCAAUGUCAUUUGGGAAGCGGAAUUGGAAGUGUAGAUUUACACGUUUACUCUCACCCAUGUAAAGAGUCUGGAUUCCUUUCAGCCC